CAGUGGAUUAAAAUGAUAAGGUGUCUGACUGUAAUUAUUCGUGUACAAAUUACAAAACAAUACCUAUCUGAGGAAUUGUAAGUAGUUAAAUUAUGUCUUUAAUACCAAAUGUAGUUGAUGGCGAGGCUUCUGAAUCAGAUACGGAAGUUGAACUUGGUCGAUCGCCGGAAAUAGCACCAAAAGCCAAGGGAUUUGUUAUUACAGGCGAAGCACCAGAAUCAGACGAUGAAUCAAAGUUACCAUCUCAUACAGACCAGAGUGAACUGGAUUCUCCUCUGCAUACAUCCAUGUUCCCACCCUCAUCGCCCACAAAGAUGAUGCAGACUUCAAUCCUUCAUCAGAAAUUAUGGGAAUGUAAUGUCUCAUUGAGAGCUACGUUAGAAGGUUUAAUGAAACAUACUAUAGACAUAUCUGUUGAGAAGUUGGGUAAGGCAGACAAGACAUUGCUGAGUGUGCAGGAAAGUAUGAGAUCAACAAAUGCGUCGCUGACAUUAGCGAAAGCCAGAUUGAAACAGAUUCACUCGGAAUUCGAAAAUAGUAACUGUGGUAAUGUGCUGCCAACUGUCACACUUGUCAACGUCACAGUGACAUGUCAGCUAACGCAUAAGCGAAAAUAUCACCUUCCUAUAAAUUAUUGA